AGAACAAAGGCUACCUGCUCACUCACAGGAAUUCUGCCAGCCCAGCCUUACACUCCUCCUACAAUAAGCCACCCUCCCUUGCCUGGCUUUACCUGUAUCUCCUCCUCUGUGUGACCUUCAGACCCACCCACCUCCCUUCACCUGGCGCUUUGGCAGCGCCUGCUUCUAUUCAGAAGACACUCGCCUUCUUUCACUGACUCCCUGCUAUUUCAGGAUAAGGAUUUAUCUCUUCUGUUACCCUUCACCUGUUUGAUAUUUGGACAAACCUUUAACUCUUUACCUCGGAUUGGAGUGGGCAAGGGUUUGGGGAACAGCCUGGUGCUUCCAUCCAGUUGACCUACCUGCUUUCCACCCACAAUUUCCGCACAGGGACUGUCAUGUGGAGUUCUUCCUGUCUUCUCCUGCUGUUCCAAGCUGUAGUACAUGUUCUCUCCGCUUCUUUCCAGAGGCACGGUGAAGUCCAGAGCGCUCUAGAGGAUCAAGUGUUCCUGGACGACAUAACUGCACACAGAUUCCUGGGCCGUAAGCUUCUUUAUAACCACUGGGAUUUUGAGCUGAUCGUCCCAGACAAUCUGGAGCGUGAGUGCAUCGAGGAAAUUUGCAACUAUGAGGAAGCCCGAGAAGUCUUUGAGAACGACUUUAAAACAAAACAAUUUUGGGAGACUUACGCACACAAUGGGAAAGGAGGAGCAAAAACCCCAGGUUUGGACGUGGCUGGUUUGGUGGCUGGCCUCGUAGCAGCAUUGGUGUCUACCAUCAUGUUUGUGGUUGUGGCCAUGUAUUGUGUCAAAUACCGGGCGAAAGAGAGGAGCCGGUCCAGGACUCAAGACAACUUGCAUCCCCUCACCAGCUUGGAUGAAGAGCCAAAGCCUGAGACUGCACCAGGGCUUCCAUCCUAUGAUCAAGCAAUGGCAUCUUCGGGAGUGCAUGAUGCACCACCUCCGCCUUACAACAGGAACAGUACCAACUUGGCCCCUCCGACCUGAGUUGCUGACAGCAGGGGGAACCUUCCCGAGAGACUUGCUCCACCUGGUUGCACAUUCCUAAAAGACACUACACGUGCACGUUGCAACAAAGCUGGUGGAUGAAUAGGCACACAUGUGAAAACAUGCGAUGCUGACCAAUAUUUAUCGGAUAUGCAUAUGCACUCAAUAGAGACUGGGUGUAAAUAUGUCAAGUGUGCUGCAGAAUUUUACCUUAUGUCGCCUGAAAGAUAAAAAUGUGAAAUUGUCAAAUGUGAAUAUUACAAUGCGUAUUCACUACAUUGGCAUGAAAAUUAAUCACCAAUCUGUACAGGUUUGUAUCCCAAAAUCCUUUAUCACUAGCCUCUUCAUAUUGAACAAGGUUUGGUAUAUACAGUCUCGAUCUCUGUCUUGGUUUUAACUGGACAGAGUGUGGGGAGGAUAAACAAUUAAGCUUGAGAAAUGAGCAGACACUUUGGAGCCUAAACUGUGAACCUUAUGGCCCAAGACUGUGUAAGCUGCUAUGUCCAUUUAGUGUUCCAUUCAAGUCUAGAUGUGAAAGAUUUGCCCCUGCGAUCAGCUUGCAAUUUGAAGCUUUUUAAAUGGCUGCGUCUGACAUUCAUUCUGUAACUUGAGUUUCUACUCCUGGUCUCUUCAAAAGCAGUGCUUGCCUACAAUGGAUACUGAUCUUUGAUUCCUAAUCUGGAGAGAUGCCCUUCCAUGCUUAAAAAUGUAGGAAGACAGAAUAUCUGUCCACCAAGCAUGGUAUUGUUUGAUCUAGUCUGGCAGUUCUUUUUCAGGCUCUCAGAUAGGAAGAGGGGUUUUUUUUACAUGGUAGUUAUCUAAUCCUUAAAAUAAAAACCUGGAAGUAACUAGACCUGGGAGCAAUUGCGUACAAAGUAUGUCCUUUUCCACUGAGCUGUGACCCCUCUCCACUUAUAAAGUCUGAGUUGUUCUUCUAUUAUUUUGAGUUGUAAUUAUGGGAGGAGUUUAUUUAUUUAUUUACAGUAUUUAUAUUCUGCUUUUCUCACCCCGAAGGGGACUCAGGAUGAAUCGCAAUGCACACAUACACAGCAAACAUUCAAUGCCAUUUUUAGAUGUACAAGAUAGAUAGAUAGAGGUAAUUCAGCAUUUUUUCCAACUUCGGCUCCUGGAGGUUGCUCGUUGCCGGCCACAGGGGGGAGAUGUUGCUUUAUCCAGUAUGACGCCGAGCCUUUGAUCAUAGUAUUUCCUCCUUUCUAUUUGAUCUCCAGCAUUUUUUAUGGUGUCAUAAAUUAACUUCCCCAUUUCAAGUGGUCCCUAAUUUCUCUACCCAGUGCUCAGCUAUUUUCGAACUGCUUAGGUGAACAGUAAGCUGAGCUAUUAACAGUUGGGAGCUCAAACCCAACUCAGUUUAGAUCAUAUCCUCCUAAAUAAGAAGCCCCUCGUUUUCCUUCAGUUUCCACAUUUUUGGAAUUGCAAAAAGUUUGUAAAAUUGAAGUUUCAGCUGAACAGUUAGAAAUACAGUUUAAGUAGCCAAAUAAAAGGGCAAAGUCACCAACAGAGCUUUGCAAACACAGCAAAUAUGUUUUCUAGAAUAAUUUACAUAGGAGAAAUUCUUAUUAGGGGAAAUAUCCCCCCUAAUUAUACCCUUGACCUUAUCCCCGUAUUUUUAGUGAAGUACAAAAAAUAGUGAACAUGCAAACAAUUAUGUGAGUGAGUUUUGGAAAUACAGCAGGAGGAUGUAUGUAAAAUUUAUAAAUCAGUUAUAGGAAAUAUGGACACUGCUGCAAUGAUGUAAUUGUGCAAGAGCAGAACCAAAAUGUGUCUUCUGUGGAGCCAGGCUUAGCACAGCAGGCUAAACCGCUGUGCUGCAGAAAAAUCCUACUGAUCGAAAGGUCAGUAGUUUGAGCCCGGGUCGGAAUUUAGCACCCGCAGUUAGCCCCAGCUCACCUGCCCAACUAGUAGGUCGAAAGCAGAAAUGCAGGUUGAUAAAUAGGAACUGCUUUUAGUGGGGAGAUAAUAAAGGCGCCCUUAAGGACAUCGAUCAGAGAUAGUCCCGUGGCCAGAGUUGAGCACAGCCUUCAAGAUGCCAGAAAUAAGAUGGAAAAAACUGCCUUUGCCUCUGCUUAUGUUGACUGUCCUUGUUAAUUGUGUAAGUGGAAUUGAAUGUUUGCUGUGUGAUCUGUAAACCGCUCUGAGUCCCCUUUGGGGGGAGAAGGGCAGGGUAUAAAUACUGUAAAUAAAUAAAUACAUACAUAUACUCUCAACAACUGUAGUGCACAAAACUGUGUGACAGGGAAUGAGCAUAACUGUACAAUGAAUUAAGCAAAAUGUGUGUGCCUGAACAUAUGUUAAACAUUGUAUCUGUCCUUCAUUUCCACUUGCCUGUCCUGAAAUAUUGCUUGUUUGUCACUGAAUGCGGAACAGCAGCCGCUGCAUAGCUCUGGAGAAGGGGAAGCAAGGGCACUAUUCAGAUGAACAGGAAUGUACCCAAAUAAUUGUGUUGUCUGUGAAGUUUUGAUCAUGGUUUGUGUUAAAAAUAAAGUAUGAUCUACUUUUCAUAAA